AACCAUGCGCCCUCGAAAGUUACAGAGGACGGUGCGUCUUUUCAAGAGGGACAUGAUCGGGGAAGCGAGGACCACUCUCAACUAAUUGUGGCCUCCGUAUCCAUCGUCAUGUUUCCAUCGCUACAAAACUUUGGACAAGAAAGGCCACGGCCACUGGUUCUAGCAGCAUGUUACCUUCCUCCGGGUAUCGGUGACGAAGCUGUCGAAGCAAAAGGGCUCGUUUUCGAAUCGUUGAUGGAAUUUCUUUCCAGCUAUCAUGAUGGUUCGCCAUGGGUCAUCGCGGGGUGCUUCAAUAUGCCGACAUCUUCAUACACGCUUGAUGAAGCGAAGCGUACCGGUCACAUCAAGUCCCCAACUUGUCGGUAUCUUCGAGGUUUCAGUACCUUGCUCAAGAAAUACGAGUUGAAAGACCUCUGGACUACUUCAAGGAUCUCUGCAGGGGAUUCAUCUCGCGAUGUGGCAAGUCAAGUUUCGCUGUAUCGCCGUCAUGAGGGAGAAGAAGGGGCUACCUUCGAUCCAGCAAGCAACGUGCUGGCCUCCAAAACAGCGUGCGCUGGUUCAUUUGGACGACCACAGCGCUACGAUCGCAUCUUGGUCAACGACAAAAUGGCACUACGGCCGUAUCGGUGCAAUCAUUUUGGGCUCGGUGAUGGCCGAGCCCUUAUUUCUCAAAGCGGACAUUGGGGUGUUCGAGGUCUACUCAAAUGUCAGACACAAGCCGCACAUGUACCGCACAGCCUCUCUGCACCUCAGGAACUAGCAUAUCCAAGAUUGCCGGAAGUACCAGAGUAUUUCAGCCAAAUUUACCACGAUGGCACUGGUCAACGCAUUCUCAUACUUGAGCAUCACGUCGAGUUGUUGCGGGCUGCUUUGGGCUGUCAGGGGGUGCAACAUAUCAUGGUUCAAGACCCAAUGUUUGUGCUCCAUCCGGUCGGUUCUUUUGGCUUGGGUACGUGGGAUCCAUCAUCUGAUGUGGACUGUUUGUGUUUGGGCAACGUCAGCUCUGCAACAUUCUUUGCGCUGGCAAUGCCGAGGCUACGCAAUGCGGGUGCCAUUAAUGGUAUCACCGGGCUACGCAGGGUGAAGACGUCUUCAGGCACAAUGCUUGAAGUAGAUAUCAAAGAUGUACGCUUCAACUUGCGGUACUGCUGCGCACGACCCGUGCUCGAGAGACACCAGGACAUUGUGCAUCGGCCGACGUCUGACCCAGUGUUUGCUUCUUUACCCGUCCCAACACUCAUCAAACUAGCACUCCUGCGCGACAUGUGGUACCUGCAGCGAUCGAUACCAGACAUGGCACAGUUCUGCCACGCGCACCUCUUGAUCCGAUUGUGGGCUCAGGAAAGAGGCUUGUAUUCGUCAAUCUUUGGCUAUCUGGGUGAUUCACAAAUCACCAUCAUGCUGGUGGUUGUAUGCAAGCUCUUGGCCGACAGCUACGGGCAAGUCGGUCUCAAGGAGAUUAUAUUCACGUUUUUCAAUCAUUAUGCGAAUUUCGACUUUCGCAAAGAGGUAGUGUAUGAUCCGUUUUUUCACAAAAGCCUGGCUUAUCAUCGCACAUCGCGCGAGGCUAUUUGCAUCCUGGGAUGGCAUGCGCCCUCCUUGAACUGUGCCGCCGAUUCCAACGACUCAGCUGCAAAUGUUGUAAUCAGGGAAAUACGCGAGGCCAACAUCCAAAUGCUAAGUGACAGUUUCACUUGGGCCAGCUUGCUACCUCCGCCGAGCGGUGAACUCAGUCAAACGCAGCGAGUCGCGGUUGCACCAGCCCUCAAAGCUUUCAUGAACAGCCACAAAAGCUUCAUCAGAAUUGACAUGCGGCACUGGGGUUCUUCAGCCAUUGCUGGAUGCAGAUUUAUGGAAUGGCUUGAAUCACGCCUAGUGACUCUGCUUGCUGAUCUCGACAAAAGGAUACAUGGUAUCCACGCCCGAAUCUGGCCACAGAGAUUGAUUGAAAGCGAUCGCGACGAUGAGGAAGUACAUGUCUGCUAUUUCGUUGGCCUCACCCUUGCAAGCAAUCAUCAGGCCUCACGGAUAAGUCAGAAGGCAUCCAUCGACGCGAUCCAGUCGAUUCUGGAGUCCUUCGAACGCAGAAUUCACCAUGAUGUAGCCCACUUUAGCUCGAGUACGUCAUGGCUGGCUGCGAGACUACGGAAGCAAUCAGCACUUGUGGGCUCAGCAAUCCCGAGUGGGCUUGCGUUCAAGGAUCUUCGUGACGCGCCAUGGUACGAGGAAGAUUCAGAUCACAACGAUGAGACAGGUGAGGAUGAGGAAGAGCAUUCGCCAUAUGCUAGUUGCUGCAACGAGUCAAACGCCGCAGGGGCUUUCCUUGGGAAACUAAGGCCGGCUAUCGACGUGCUAAAUCGUCUCCGCUGGGACCCGAGCUUGGAUGGCAAUGAUCAUGUCGUCGGCUAUGAAGAUCGCUUCGAUGGCGCCUGUGAGAAGACACUUGGGCAGUGGAAGUCUGACUACACUGACGAGGAGUUCAUACCACAGCAUCGAAUACUGUAUUUCAGACGACUAUCCGAUGGUGCUAUUGUCUGGGAACGAAGGACUAGGUUAGAUACUAUCUUUAGGUAAUAUUAAAGGAUUUCUUAUAAGUUUAUAUAGUAUAAAAAUAAUAUUUCUUUAGCUAGACUCUUUAUAUAAUAAUAAAAUAACUCUUAGAA